AUGCCAAUGGCUGCCACAGAUCUCAUGUUUGACCCUGCUACCUAUGAGGCCUAUACUGAUGCUGUCCGUGCUUACUUAAUGGAUCAGGUCGAUAUGGCUAUUACUCAAGCAGCGGGUAAUGCUAAGCGGCAUUAUGAUCAGAACCUUGUCCCGCAAGGAUUCUUUGUUGGUGCCCGUGUUCUGCUACGGCUGAUGAAGCAUCAGAGACCUACUAAGCUCUCCCCUAUGUGGGAGCCUAAUUGGUUUAUUACUCAGAUCAUAGGCUCUACUGAUCCUAUCAAGGUUGUUCGCUUAUUUCAUCUUCCGACAAGACGGGUUAAGGUUCUAAGUGUUGAUCAUAUCAAGGUUGAUCCUCUUCAACCUGAUAACAUCGAGGAGAUCAUGCAAGAGUUUCCUCCACCUCCUCGUGAUCCUCGUGAACCUACCCCGCCUUGUACUCAUGGUUCUGUCAUAGUCUCCUCUGAUGGACUUCCUCCAGAGCAACCCCAUGUCCGGUUCGAAGGGUUAAUUGGUGCAAAUGAUGCAGUCUUUGCACCACCAAGGCCUCAACAACCUGUUGUUCGUCCGG